UUUGCUGCGAGGUCACUCUGGUCGCAACUGUUUCCGGGUCAUCAUUUCGUCGCCAUUUUAUUGCUGAGAGUGAGAAACUGAAGAGUCUCCCGACACAGUAAAAGCGAGUGAUGUGGGACCAGGGAGGACAGCCCUGGCCUCAGUGGCCCCUGGGUUCACAGCAGCAAUGGAUGCAGUCUUUUCAACAUCAUCAAGAUCCGGGUCAAGUAGACUGGGCUGCUUUAGCGCAAGCAUGGAUUGCACAGAAAGAAUCCAGCGUUCCCGAACCACCGAGUAUUCAGCCCAACGGCCAGGAUAUGCAGAACAUAGAGCCUCCAGCCCGUAAUAACCAUGGGUCCUUCCCGGGUGAAUCGAAUUUUGGUAGAGGUUGGCAACCAGAGUGGGGGAUGCAUAGCCAGCCCCCACCUCCCCCUCCAGAACAAGCGUGGAUUCCUCCUGGGCAAGUGGCGAUGGAUGUCAUCAACCCAUCGGAAGACAGUAACAGUCAAGAUAGUUUAGAGUUUCCUGGAGAGCCGCACCACAGGGGUUUUCCUUCAAUCAACCAUGGAUUUGGGGGCCAGCCUGAGCCGUACCCCAUAACCCCCAUGGCCGUCAAUCAAUUUGAUUAUCAGCAUGGUGCUGCACCAACAGGGACAGCAUAUGGACUGCCCUCCACCGGGUUUCACGCACCAUUCUGGCCCGACAGAACUCAGAACAGAACAGACCGUCUUCCUGCCUUCAGAACAGAACACCCCCGAUCCCCCAACCAGUUGGCAAUAAAACCAGAGUCGCCUACACUUGAUGCUGUUAAAAGGAGAACACUACCUGCGUGGAUUCGGGAAGGCCUUGAAAAGAUGGAUCGGGAGAAACAGAAGAAACUGGAGAAGGAGAGGAUGGAAAAAGAGCGUGCUGAAAUGGCAAAUAAUGAUAGCGAUAUGGUAGAGGAGGGAGGUGAUGGGCAUCGGUUGCCACGCAGAAGCAAAUUUGACAGCGAUGAUGAGGACGGCGAAGAAGAGGAUGCUGGAGAUGAUGGAGUCUUAGGAAGGAAACAGGAGUUUGGUGGUAGAGUUUCUCCCCCGGUUCAAGAAGAUCAAAGUGAACCUGAGAUGACAGAGGAGGAGAAAGAGUUUCAGCUGAUGUUCAUGACUAAAACGCUUCUCACCGAAGUUCUCCUUGAGGUCACAAAUGAGGAGAUUCAGCAGGUGGCCAAAGAGACCCAUCGCAAAGCCUCUAAAGCUCCUGCAAAACAGCUGGCACAGUCAAAUGCACUGGCUUCUCUCACCGGCCUCGGUGGGCUGGGUGAGUACGGCUCGGACGAGAGUGAGGAUGAGGAGCGCAGCGCCAAGGGUUCCGACUCCUCGGACACAGACGAUGAGGAGCUGCUGCACCGCAUUCACCAGAAACAGGACGCUUUCCGACGCAAGGAGAAAGAGCAGCAGGAGAGGUUGGCACUGGAGGCACAUUUGGCUAAAGAAGAGUCUGCAGCAAACAGAGAAAAUAUUUAUGAGGAGGAACAGUCAGAUUUCAAACACAAACAGGAAGUUAGGGAAAAAGAGGCGGAGCCUGUAGUAGAGCGGCGCAGGUCGCGCAGUGAACCAGAGGUCAGUGAGGUGAAGUGGGCAGCUUCAAGCAAAGAGCACAGCGGGCGUAACGGAGGAAGUGCCAGCCCCUCUCCCAGCGCGAGGCGCAGUCGCACCUCAAGUUCUAACUCUUCCAGCAGCAGAUCCUCUUCAUCUUCCUCAUCGCCAGCCUCCUCUCGCAGUUCCUCACAUUCUUCCUCUCCCCGGAGGAAGAGGCGACGCAGCCGCUCCACCUCCCGUGGAACUCGCAGGCGCAGCCGAAGUCGCAGCUCUCGCAGACACCAGUCGCGUGACAAGGGCAGAGAUAGGAGACGGAGCAGCCGUGCCCGCAGCUCAGAGCACUCCUCUCGUCACAGGAAGCGCAGCCGCUCGCGACAGCGCAGAUCCAGUAGGGGCCAUAGGAGCAGGUCCAAGACCAGUCGCAGCCGCAGCAGAGACAGGAGGCGCAGCAGAGAUCACAGGCACAGCCGAAGUCGAAGUACCAGCCGCAGCAGGCGGAAACAAAAAGCUUCCAGCAGGGACAGAGAGAGGAGGAAAGAGAGGAGCCGGAGCCACGAGAAGGAUAAGAGGAGGAAAGACAAAGAUUUAGAUAAAAAGAAAGACAAACAGAAGGGCAAGGAAAAAGAAACGGAUAGCAGCUCAGUAAGGGAGGAAGAGGAUGGUGGCAAAUCAAGGAAGAAAAAGGAAAUUGAGCACGCAGAUUCCCGCAGUGAGAAGUUUUCCCGGCAAGACAGUAAAAGUAGCAAGAAAGGCUCCGCCAAAUCUAGCAGAAAAUACUCCGAUUCAGAAUCAAGUAGGAGCAGGUCCCUGUCCCCUGAGGUUAGCAAAGAAAAGAAGUCUAAAAAAUCUAAACGUAGUCGAUCAAGGUCAACGGAAAGAUCUCACAAGUCUGGUAAGAAGGCAAGCCGCAAACACAAGUCUAAGUCGCGAUCAAGGUCCACAUCUCCCAGUCGCCGCAAGCACUGAGGGUUCUGCCUCUGAUCUGUGCACUUCUUUUAAAAUUCCAUGAGUUAACAAGCUUGUCUCAUUAUCGAGGCAACGUUGUAGGUGAACUCUCCACUCCAAACCCCUUCCCUCCAUUUUGUAAAUACAUGCUAUUUUUAAGUGUCGUCUUCAAAACGGGAGAUUUUGAAUGAUAGAUUUUUGCCUUGUAUUAUGCAAGACUGAGCAUUCAAGUAGUCAAUAGGAUCUUGAAACUGUAACGUUUUAAAAAACACAAAGGAAACACAACAGGAAAAAUUCUCGUUUAAUGUAAAUUGUCCAAUAAAACAAUGAUUCUUUCUGUCUGAAA